CCACGGUCUCAAACCGAUCUGCGGCUGUGCCUGUGCCGCGCCACUCUUCGUGGUUCAUCCACUUCGCCACCGAGGAGCAGCGCGAAAAAAAUGGCGCUCGCCGCCCCUUCUUCCCUCCGCCGCCUCCCAGCCACGCCGCCGCAGGCGCGGUCUCCGCCCCCGGCCUCCCGCCUGCGCGAGCCCCGUCUCCGUCUCCGCCGGUCCCUCGUCGCCGCGGCGGCGGCCGCGGCCCCGCUCUCUGCUUCGGCCUCCCCCGAGGACAAGGAGCGGAGGAAGCACGAGCUGCUGCGUGCGGUUCAGGAAACGCGGCGCGGAUUCGCGGCGGGGCCCGACCAGCGCGCCGCCAUCGAGGAGGCCGUCGUGGCCGUGGAGGAGCUCGGCGCCGGGGAGGGGGCGCCGCUUGAUCUCGCGGAGCUCGACGGCACCUGGAGGCUAUGCUACACCUCGGCGUCGGACGUGCUCGUGCUGUUUGAGGCGGCCGAGAGGCUCCCACUCCUACAGGUGGGGCAAAUCUACCAGAAAUUCGAGUGCAAAGAUCAGUCAGAUGGUGGAAUUGUGAGGAAUGUUGUACGGUGGAGCAUCGAGAACUUGCUAGAGGACCAAGAAGGUGCAACACUGAUGGUCUCUGCAAAAUUUCUUGUCCUGUCUAAGCGCAACAUCUUUCUUCAAUUUGAGGAGGUUGCUGUUGAAAAUAUCAAGAUUAGUGAGCAGCUUCAAGCACUAAUAGCUCCUGCUAUACUUCCUCGGUCAUUUUUGAGCCUUCAGAAAGGAGCCUUUCUUUUAUGGCAACGUAUGGGGUGCAAACCAAGCUCCUAUGCAUAUGCAAACCAGCGAUCAGGACCGCAGGAUUCCAAUCCAAUAGCUAGAGAUGAAGGUGGGCUCUUUUAGCACUUAAACCCCUCCACCAAUCCUCUCCUAAUCAAACUUUUUGCAAAAAAACACCCCUAGAAUCCCAGGCACUGGUUCGGUUCCUCCCCUGCAGCCGUGCGUGACCUAGCGAUCGCCCUGAUCACUGGGCUGCCGUCGUCGCCCCUGCGCCUCAGGCAGGAGCCCGCCGCCCCUGCGCCGCAGAAGAGAGUCCACGCGCUGCUGGUGGUCUGGUGGAUUGCUGAACCUGGCCGCCUGCCCUGCUUGGGCCACCGCGCCGCUGAAGAUGACCCCGCUCGUGUGCGCCCCAUACCAGGAAGAUGACCCCCUGCUGCACGAGGCCCAAGCGAGAGCAACCCCUGCAGGACGCUGCUUACUUGCCUUGGCUCGUGCCUUCCUGCGCAAGACCCAAAGUCAGCUCCAAAAACCAGUGCUUCCAAUUCCUGCAGACCAAAAACAAACGACAAACGAAAUUCACAAAACCCAUCCAAUUAAAAUUUGCAACGUUUUUCAAUUUUCUGCAGCGAUCGUUUUCUGCAGGGGCGGCGGCGUCAGGCGCAGGGGGCGGCGGCGUCAGGCGCAGGGCGCGGCGACGGCAGCCCAGCAGCGAUCGCUAGCGCGGCGGCAGGAAAGAUCGGAACGGAACCGAUCGCAGGGGAGGAACUGAACCGGUGCCUGGGAUUCUAGGGGUGUUUUUUUGCAAAAAGUUUGAUUAGGAGAGGAUUGCUGGGGGGUUUAAGUGCUAAAAGAGCCCACCUUCAUCUCUAGCCAUUGGAUUAGAAUCCUGGGGUCCUGAUCGCUGGUUUGCAUAGUUUGCAUAGGAGCUUGGUUUGCACCCCAUACGUUGCCUUCUUUUAUUUAUUUUGUAUCGGGCUUGUUC